GCUGGCCAUGGAGGGAGCGAGACCACGGACGCAACAACACCAACACUCCUCCGUGUGUUUGUUUGUUUGAGCCCAAUAAGGCAGCGAUUGCACGCGCACGCCUUGUAUCUUGUCACCGAAGUGGGUUUAUGUUCGAAGUGGGUUUCUGUUGUGAAUCUUUUCGUGUACAGACCAGCGCGCAAGGGGGUUAAAGAGGUUUCUUUGCUUGGGGAUCAGACCUGGCGAGGAGUUUGCUGUUAGACAUUGGUGGGGCGAUCGAAGACAUAUCAUCAUGUUCAGCAGGUUGUUUUCGAAGGCCUCGCAUUUGCCCAAGCGAGGCGCACAUCAUGGCCAUCAUCACGACGCAGCUGUUGCAGGAUCGGGUGGCGGGGAUGGAGCCGUGACCGUCGAGGAACCGGGGCGAGGAGAUUCAACGCCCGCAGCUCGGGGAUCGCCUGGUGCCCAAGAUAAGGAUCGGGAGAAUCAGGCCCUAGUAGGAGAGGGAGGAUUAAAAUCCGAGCAGCUACACCCGCGGGUCGUUGGACAUGAAGGCAUCCCAGCAACUGCCUCAAUUCUCGCAUUUGAGGCCACUCAAAGUGUUCUUGCUGUGGCUUCUUUGGAUGGGCGGAUCAAGUUGUUUGGUGCACCUGGCAUUGAAGUGCUGUUACAGUCACCACUUCGAGCACCCUGCAAAUAUCUUGAGUUUAUGAAUUAUGGAAGACAAUUAGUCAAUGUCACCACUCAGAAUGAUAUUGAGGUUUGGAACCUGGGAAAGCUGGAGGUGGCGUCUUCAGUAAAAUGGGAACAUGACAUCACUGCCAUCGCCGUCUUGCAAGGAACUAAUUACAUGUAUGUUGGAGAUGACGUUGGAACUGUCAGUGUACUGCAAUUGGACGAAAGCUCAAAUGAACUAAUCAAGUUGCCUUACUGUAUUCCUGCAUAUGUUACCCUAGGUGGGUUAGUAAAAUCUGGAAGUCACUGUGCACCUUCUGUCGUUGGCAUCCUUCCGCAACUGAAUGCUGCAUUUAGCAGGCUGGUCAUUGCAUACGGAAAUGGUUUACUGGUAUUAUGGGAUCUUAAUGAGACUAAGGUUCUUGCCAUUCGAGGUGGCAUAGAAUCACAGCGGAAGCGGUUAGCUGGACACGAGCAGAAUUCUGACCGCCGACGUACUAGCACAGAGAAAUCGGGUGAUUCUGGAUCAAAAUCUGAAGUUGAAGACGAAGAUGAUGAAGAGAGAGAAAUUUGUAGUAUUUGUUGGGCAUGUCAGAAUGGAAGUGUUGUUGCAGCUGGCUAUGUGGAUGGGGAUGUUUUAUUAUGGACUAUUCCUUCACCAGCCAACGAGGGUGGCUCAAGCGACCUAACGGAGUCGAACCUGCCAUUCAUUUCUGGGGCACCUUUGCGCAAAAUUGACUUAGCACCAGGCAAGUCCAUGAAAAUGCCAGUGAUCUUAUUAAAAUGGUGUGCAAGCGGCAAGGGUGGCAAAGAUCCAAAGGAUCUCACCGGUCAGCUUUUUGUGUAUGGGGGUUCUGAUCUGAAUGCAACUCCGGCUUUGACGGCUUUGUCGCUGCAUGGAGAGGUAAGUGAGAAGUUGAAGCAGCUUGAGCUUCCACUUCAAGGGCCAUUUGCAGAUGCAGUAACGCUUUCAAGACCAGGUGGCACCUUAAGUACACGAGUGGCUGGAAUUUUGGUUCUGACUUCUCCUGGUUUGCUUCACAUGUACGAUGGUGCUGGCAUAGUCGCGCGUUUUUUCUCUUCACCUGAAGAGUCCGUGAAUCAAGCAUUUUUGCAGACUCUUCCCUGGGAAACACCUUUUAAAGAUGCUGUUGUUUCUCAGUUAUUCAUGGUGUCGACUGACUCAUUAACAGCUAAAGUGCUGCUUCAGUUAAGUUCAGGAAAUAAGUAUCCUUUACCUACACUAGGUUUUGGAACAAAAUGGCCAAUCACUGGAGGAAUCGAGAACACGUCCUCCAAUGCCAACAUGAAGCAAAGACUUCUGCUUGUAACAGGGCGCAAUCGUGGCGGCAUCCAAGUUUGGGAUGCUUUUACACCUCCGAUGAAGUUGUUGUGCAUUGUUAAUUCUCAGACAACGAAGAGCCUAUCCCCUGUCUCAGCUAUUGCCCUCUGUGAACGAUCUGGUCUUCUGGCAUACGGUGACCAGGAGGGAAAGGUGUUUAUAUUUAAACUUAGUACUGAAGCUCAAGAAGUGCCUUGCAAGAUCAUCAGUGACACUUCUGGAUGUAUUGGAGAACCUGUGAACUGCGCGGCUGGCUACCAGUGCAUUGCUGAGCUACGUACUCAUCAAGCUGCUAUAACCAGUAUUACUAUUUCCAGUGAUUCAGGUCGCCUUGCAGUUGGCGACAAAAAUGGAAUGAUAUCGAUUUUGGAUCCUGCAAAUCUCUCGCUUUUAUUUUCUGGCUGCUGGCCAGGCUAUUCAUCAUGCAUUGCUAGACUGAGAUUUUCUACUACACUAGUCCAAGAAGAAAACGCUGUUGAUUCCUCCGCUUCAGCUGACCCCAACUCUGGAGAACCGAAGAGUUCUGCGAAUGCCAUCACAGUGCUAUAUGCAGUAAAUGAAGAAGCAACUGUGGCUGUUAUGAACGGGUCUAAUGGCGAUUUUAUUGGUCCAGGUCCCAAGCAGCCUGUAACACCUUCACAAGCAUUAUGUUUGGAUCUUGUAGACGUUUCUACCACAGCACCAUCCGUUGAAGGAACUGCAGGGCAAGAAUCAAGUACGCAAUCGUCAGACGCACACCAUAGAAGCUCUUGCAUCUUUUUGGGUACUCGUGAUUGGAUCCAGAUUGUCUCCAUAUCCUCUCAGGGAAUUGGAAAUUCUGUGCGUGAAGUGAAAUUGGAGCGUCCCUGUUGUUGGGCCUCCACAUUUGAAACUUCUAAUCACGCUUUUGGCGCCGUUCUGGUGUAUCAGUCUGGUCAUCUUGAGAUACGGUCACUGCCUGAUCUACGAAUUUUGGUGGAAACCACAUUUGCUCAGUGCUUAGGCUGGGAAAUUGAGCCUAGUCACGCAAUAUUCAGUUCUGCUAAUGCACGGAUAACUGCGAUAAAUGAAGGAAGAGAACUUGUUCACCUUUCGGUGCUUGCAGAGGAUACUGAUUUGAGCAUGCCGGAUUCUCUGCCUCGAAUAUUUGACAAGGACCUGGGAGCUGCAGCUGCUGCCGCAAUGAAGUAUACGACUUCUUUGCCACGUAAGAAGCCUGCGGCAAGUCAAGGAUUGUUGGGGGUUAUAAAAAGUACGCUUGAACCAGAAAAUGCUGUACAUCCUGCAGAUCAGCUAUCCAAGCUUUUCUCAUCUCAACCCUUCACGGCCCCUGUAAAUCAGCCCUCUGAUCUGUCUGUUAAGACGGAUUCGCUUGGCAUAGACGUUGAUCUGGAGAUUGACGAUAUUCUGAUUGAUCUCGGUGAGAUGGGUGUAAGUUCUUCACCGUCAGCCUCUGGAGAGCCCAGCACCAAUAAGAUUGUUCUUCAUAGAGUAACAGAAACUACUCCUCCUAAAGGAAAAGAGGUGAUGAGCGAAGAGACCACUAGGUCGCAGUUGUUUGGAGAUGACGGUAAACCAAGACAGCGUACUACCGAUGAAAUCAAAGCUCGUUAUGGUUAUGCCCCCAAGGCUGUGGAUGCCACAAAUGCUGCUGCAAUGGCUAGGGAUAAACUAAUGGAGCGAGGUGAAAAGCUUCAGUCCCUUAAUGACAAGACGGAAGAAAUGACUCUAGGAGCUGAAAACUUUGCAUCAUUAGCUGAACAGCUGGCCAAGAAGUAUGAGAAACGGAAAUGGUGGGAGUUUUAAUUAUCAGCACCGAUCGUUCCCUUUAUAAAGCUGCAAAUGGAUUGUCAUUAUCUUCAAUAUUUUGAGAAUGAAGCAGAUAUAUGUAAAUUGGUUACAGUAAAGUUGAUCGCCACAUUAGUUGCAAGUAUUCACAAAACUGGGAUCUUCAAGGACACGAGAGGCAGCUAGGAAGAUCUUUGUGAUGAAAUUCCUAGUGUGCCAGCAUUUUAGAAAAGCAUGCUUUAAUCCAUGUGCCACUCAAAUGUACUGGCCAAAUCUGUUCAAGAAAACACCACCAUAACUUCAAAUCAUUUUUUCCAUCAUA